UUAUAGUUAGCAUGAUGGCCGAACUGCAGCUUGUUGACCGUUUCCCAAUUAUUGGAAUCAUCCUCAAAGGCGAUGGAAACAACGCAGCAGUGCAGAUGUGGAGUUAUGGCAGAGAGACUUGUUUCUGCGUCUCUAUCGCGCUAUUCAAAACUGAGAUGUCCCCGUUGAUCGAAAUUAUCGAUCUUAGAGUUCAUCUUAAGUUAGCUUUUAAAGAAAAUCGCUCGAGAACUGGGCCUUAUCCCUUGACUCGCACGGUCCGAAACAAUGAGUAGCUCGCUAUAUACCUUGAACCAUGACAACCCGGUGGAGAUCAACCGCCUGGACCAGAAUCACUACAACCUCUACCUUAAGCUACAGGGUGGCCAUGUGGUUCCGCCUCACAUCAGAGACCAUCUGGAGCGAGUGAACAAUCCCCGCGUUGCCGACGUUGGCACGGGCACUGGUGUCUUCUUACGGUCCCUAGCUGAAAGGCUCCCGGCUACCGCUAGGCUUGAUGGUUUCGAUCCAGACACUUCGAAGUUUCCCGACCCUUCAACCCUGCCACCAAACAUCAAGCUCGAAUACGGAGAUGCCUUAGCGCCGUUUCCCAAGGAACUGGUUGGAUCAUAUGAUCUAGUUCAUUUGCGACUGCAGUUUUUCUCAUGGCAGAAAGAUGGCUGGCCCAAGGUCGUCGAAAACAUGAUGAACUUGCUCAAACCGGGAGGGUGGUUGCUCUGGUUUGAAGGUGGCUGGCAUGGAUGGACAACUAUCCCGCCAAGCAAGGCCUUUCAUGAGUAUUUGGGUCGUGAGAUCGAGCGGACGAUGAAGUUAGGACGUGAGCCAUUGGCAUGCUUCAAACUGAAGAAUUGGUUCAAGGACGCUGGGUUUCAAGAAGUUGACGAGAGAAUUUUCAACAUUCUUCAGGAUGAGGUAUUGCACAAGGUUGGCGCUAACGUUCUGUACACUGUCUGCCACCACUCGGCUUUGGGUGUAGCCGAGCAGGGAGACACAGAAGGCUUGAAAGACAAGAAGUAUGUGGAAGAUCUAUUCAAACAAAUCAGGAAGGACUUUGAGACGAGCCUUGUGAGUCAGGAGUUCCGUUGGGUUUGGGGAAGGAAACCGCUUGGUGAGCGCCAGCAGUAUAAGCUCUAAGCGCUAUGAGGAGAGCGGAAGGCGCGUUUUACUGGUAACUUGAAGCCAGCCAGCUGCUCAUAUGAUAUGAGUGAAUUUUAUGAAUUGAUGUUUCCA